CAGCUUAAAUUUUUGUCGUCGUUUGAAGAAAAUUGUGACUACUUAAAAAGCAAGCAAAAUGUUCGUGGUUCGUCGUAGCGCAGCCCGCCUGUACCCCGCUGGAGUCCAGCUGGCCAAGAUGAGUGGCAGCCAGGUGGGUGACCUGGGCAGUGGCGCCGGCAAGGGCGGCGGCGGCGGUGGCUCCAUCCGUGAGGCCGGCGGUGCCUUCGGCAAACUGGAGGCUGCCCGUGAAGAGGAGUACUUCUACAAGAAGCAAAGGGAGCAGCUGGAUCGCCUGAAGAACGACCAGAUCCACCAGGCUGAGUUCCACCACCAGCAGAUCAAGGAGCACGAGGAAGCCAUUCAGCGCCACAAGGAGUUCCUCAACAACCUGCACAAGUGAGCUGCUGUCCGCCCGGUGGCAGCAAGGUGUUUACUCGAGACAUUUACUUAAUGGCAUUUCACGCUCUAUUUG